CGUUCGUCACCGUCGCCAUCGGACUCGUCACCGGCCAUUGCUCUACAGCGAAGAGAAAAUGUCCAACCCGAAAUUCAACCGAACCGGAGAUCCCGAACUCGAGUACCUCUCCAAAUUCACAGUCAGCGGACUCUGGACUCUUUGCUACACCAAUCCUGGAGAGACGGAACGCUACUGUUUCAACAUCGAUUAUUUCCCAACGGAAGAGUACAGUCCCGAUCCCAAUGACUCGACACUCUCAAUCCCUUAUGCGGUCUUGAGGUCGGCUCCGUUCUUUUUCAUGGCCACCGCUCUGUUGGUCGUCGGAGAGAUUUCCUGUUUCCUCGGCCACUUUGCACCCAGGAGACGCUAUUGCACUUUUCUAUCCGGCGUCACUUUUAUCCUUUCCGGAUGGUUACUUUUACUCGGUCUGGUUGUUUACGUCUCGGUUUUCACGGCUGAAAUCGGAAGUAAAAGUAAAUUAAGGCCCAGCUCAUCAUUAUAACCGCCAAUAUUCACCUACGCCUAGGCUACAGUUUCCAUUUGGUAGUCAUCGGUUUCUUAGCUGGCGAGGUAGCCGGUACUUCUGCCAUUUUUCCUGUUCAUUUAUUGGCACCGAAAUCGAAUUGCCAAAAAGGAAAUGCACCGGAAAAUGACUUUAGCUCUAGUGUAGACGCCAGUCGAUUUGGGUUACACGGCAGCCCCACCUUCUGGCAGAUAGGACCGCUGUAGGCCUAUAGAUCAGUACACCUCAUACGUGGGCGAUGAAAGCUUUGAAAUUUAAACUUCACCUUGAAACGGAAUGCUCGAUCCUUAUACUGCAUAUAGAAAUACUUUGAUCAGUGAUGAUCGUUUUGGGGUCAACAUCCGCUUUCGCCGUAAAGGUCCAAGCCGCACCAGCAACGUCUGGGUUUCCAUCAAGACCUUCAUGCAAUUUCACAUGUUGGGUUGGUGGCCGAAUGUAUAGGCCGCGGCUAUGGCGAAUGGUCAAGGAUAAGGUAAUUCCUAAAUAUUCUCCCGAUCUUUCCAGUCGAUCACAGCGGCCCAUCUGAAACCCCCCUUUGAUAGGCUGUG